AUGGAAUCUGAAGAGUGGGGGAGGACUGCAAGGGAGGCAAACAAGCAGCAUGUAAGAUGUCAGAAAUGUUUAGAGUUUGGACAUUGGACGUAUGAAUGUACAGGGAAGAGAAAAUACCUGCACAGACCUUCGAGGACAGCGCAAUUAGCAAAAAUUCUUAAAGAAAAAGAGAAGCAACUGUUGCUGCAACAAAGCACUGGAGAGAGUACUGCAGAAAGGAAGACCAAGAAAAAAAGAUCUAAAAGUGUGACCAGUUCCAGCAGCAGUAGCAGUGCCAGUUCGGCUAGUGAUUCCUCAUCUGACAGUGAAGAUUCUUCUACCUCUUCUUCUUCAGAUGAUAGCGACAGUGAUGAGAGCUCCUCUACUUCCUCCUCUUCUCCAUCUUCGAGUAGUACUUCCUCCUCUUCAGAGUUCGAGUCAGAUUCCAGUUCCUCCAGCAGUAGCAGCAGCAGCACAGACAGUAGUUCUGAUGAUGAGCCACCAAAGAAAAAGAAGAAGAAAUAGCGUGGUACAUUGUAGAACUGUUGUUUAGUGAAUGAUAACAUUCUUCGAAGAUGUUUUGAGCACAUGGUUGCCAAACAGUUUAACUGGUCAGCAUUUCUACUGCUAAAACUUUCUAAAUGUUUUGCAUAGUUGUUCAUAGGACGUGAAAGGUAUUAAAUGGCACGUGAGGCUUACUGAAAGACUAUUUUUGUGGUUUAUCCUUUUAUGGAAAACUUUACUUUUUUAGUUCAAAAAUCUAUCAUCAGAUUUGUUUAUAUGAGCUAAGGUCCAGUAACCUGGAUGUUUACAUGCUGGAAAGCAAAAGCUUUUUAUUGCAGAUCAUGCUGUGCAUCAUAUGCUACUACUCUAUGACAGCUUCACUUAGAUUGGGAAAACCCUCUAAACUGUUAGAAGCAAAAGUUUUACGCUGCUGGCUGUAGAGCGCUGUCGUUGAAGUUGAAUGCACAAUGUUGCACACAGAGGGCCUUCCAUCUCACUGUUGACAGGUGUAUUAUGUGCUGCUGAGCUCUUCUUCUGAUGGCUUUUCCUGGU